CAUUUUCGUCAUUGAAUGUGGUAGAAGCCCUGUUUUGGACAACUUUACAAACAACCCUAUCAAAUAACCACAUUCAUAGUUAAGCUUAGAGAACAAUGGAGAAGAGCUGCGUGCUAGCUUUUCUCCUGCUCCACCUGAUUUUUACAGAAGCUGGCUUCGGUGUUGGCGGUGGUGUUGGCAUCGGUAUCGGCAAUGCAGGUGCCGGUGGCGGAGGAACUGGUGUUUGGAUUGGUGGUACAACCCCAAGUGGGUCUUCAGGUUCAAGUGAUCUCAACGCUGCUUACACUGCACUCCAGGCGUGGAAAUCCGCAGUUACUGAUGACCCAUUGGGAAUUUUGCGGACAUGGGUUGGCUCAGAUGUUUGUUCUUACAAGGGAGUGUUUUGUUCAGAAACACCUGUCCGGGUUGUCUCAGGAAUAGAUCUCAACCAUGCAAAUCUUCAAGGUACUCUUGUUAAUGAACUCUCUGUACUCACAGACAUGACUUUGCUUCACCUCAAUAGCAAUAGAUUUUCAGGCACAAUUCCUGAUACUCUCAAAGACCUCACUUCUCUCCAAGAGUUAGACAUCAGUAAUAACAAUUUCUCUGGUUCUUUUCCUACUGUUACUCUAUACAUUCCAAACCUCGUUUAUUUAGACCUUAGAUUCAACAGCUUUUCUGGAACCCUCCCUGAAGAUCUCUUUACCAAGGGACUUGAUGCAAUCUUUGUCAAUAACAACCAAUUUACUGGUGAACUUCCACAAAAUUUGCCCAAUUCCCCUGCUUCUGUCAUCAAUUUAGCCAACAACAAGUUCACCGGAAGUAUCCCAGUUCGUUUUGCCUUCAGCAAUUCUAAAUUGAAGGAGAUUUUGUUACUCAAUAACCAGUUAACAGGUUGCAUUCCGCAGGGAGUUGGGCUAUUUUCUGAUUUGCAAGUUUUUGAUGUAAGUUACAACUCAUUGAUGGGUCGUUUGCCAGAUACUAUUUCUUGUCUAAAUGCGGUUGAGGUUCUGAAUUUGGCUCACAAUGAGCUUUCUGGAGAACUGCCGGACCUGGUUUGUUCUCUUAAAAGCCUAAUGAAUCUGACGGUUGCUUACAAUUUCUUUUCUGGGUUUAGCCAGCAAUGUGCCAAGUUGUUUUUCAGGAAUGUGGGAUUUGAUUUCGCAUCAAAUUGCAUUCCUGGAAGAGGCAUGCAGAGACCUCAACCAGACUGCUCCACGAUUCCUGGAGGAGGAUUGAGUUGUCUGAGAGUUCCUUCUGUACAGCCUCUUGUUUGUGGGUCAUUAAUCGGUAACUCAGCUCAUCAAUCUCCUUGAAAGCCCAUGAGAGAGAGAGAGAGAGAGAGUUACUUACUUAUACCAGUAUUGUAUAACAGGAUGGUUAUGGCUGUUUUAAUUUCUAUAGAAAUUAUGAUUUAUAGCUUCUUAAUUUAACUUCUUUAUGGACUCUUUACAUCUGUAAGUCAUCAUUAUAAACGUCUUUAGUAAUUAGUAGUGAAGACAUGCCCAGAA